ACUUCUUAAGUGCCGUCCUGUCUCCUCCUACGAUUUUCAGUCUAAAACGUUUCUGCAGCGGGUUCUUCUCCAUUUCAGAUUUCGUUUCUCAAGAAGCUUCGCCAAGCAACCAUGGCAGAUAACUCAAUUAGUGGCAAGACUGAUCAGAUUUUGGUUGAAGAGCACUCAUAUGUCAGGACACUAAUUCUAAAUAGGCCUCGACAAUUGAAUGCCCUCUCACUUCAAAUGGUUUCACAUUUGCUGGAGCUCUUUACAAUUUAUGAGGAGGAUCGUAAUGUCAAGUUGUUGAUUUUGAAGGGAGAAGGAAGAGCAUUCUGUGCUGGUGGGGAUGUUGCAGCUGUGGUUAAGGAUACCACUGAUGGUCAUUGGAGAUUAGGUGCAAGGUUUUUCUGGAUUGAGUAUACAUUAAAUUACAUUAUGGCAACAUACAACAAGCCCCAGGUUUCAAUUCUUAAUGGAAUCAUCUUUGGAGGUGGUGCUGGAGCUUCUAUACAUGGUAGAUUCCGGAUUGCUACAGAGAACUCGGUCUUUUCCAUGCCAGAAACAGCACUAGGACUAUUUCCAGAUGUAGGAGCCUCUUAUUUUUUAUCCAGACUCCCUGGCUUCUUUGGGGAAUAUAUUGGUCUUACAGGUGCAAGGUUGGAUGGUGCAGAGAUGCUUGCUUGUGGCCUGGCAACACACUUUGUCCCUGCCAUGAAAUUGUCUUUGCUAGAAGAAGCAUUGUUUAAGGUCAAUACAUCUGAUCCAGCUGUUGUUUCUACAAUUAUUGACAAAAUCUCAGAGCAUCCUCCUCUCAAAGCAAAAUGUGCUUAUCACAGAUUGGAUGCUAUUAAUAGGUGUUUCUCUAAAAGGACGGUUGAAGAAAUUUUAUCUGCUCUUGAGAAAGAGGCCGCAAAUGGUGCUGAUAAUUGGUUAUCUGAAACAAUUCAGUCACUUAAGAAGGCAUCCCCAACAAGUCUUAAAAUUUCUCUGAGAUCGAUUAGAGAAGGGAGGCUGCAAAGUGUUGGUCAGUGCCUUGUUCGAGAGUACAGGAUGUGUUGUCAUGUUUUACGGAAAGAUGUUAGCAAGGAUUUCUUUGAGGGGUGCAGGGCCAUAUUGUUGGAUAAGGACAGAAACCCCAAGUGGGAACCAUUGCGAUUAGAUCUUGUAAGUGAUGAUAUGGUGAAUCUAUACUUCACCAAGGUGGAAGAUGAGGAAUGGGAAGAUUUAAAACUCCCGGCUAGGCCUAGCUUGCUUGCUGCUUCUUCAAUGGCAAAGCUAUAAAUCCCUCUAAGAACAGAUCCAUAAGUUGGAAAACAUAAACAGCACAGGUAUUAAAGAAGAUGCCAAGGUAGGCCCUUUCCCUAGGCAAUUCCCUAUCCAGACUUGGAAGACAUACGAGGAAACAAGAGAAGGCCAAUGUGUUGGAAAAAAUAAACUUUGAAAUUUCACGGAUUUUUCCUUCUCUUAUUAUUAAACUUGAUAAUAAAGGCUGUAGCAUUUGGACCAAAAUGGCAUCAAAAUUGCCAUCAGCAGGAACACCACAGAAUGUAAGAGAAUCCUGAAUCUUUUAUACAACAUUGCAAGACUCAUGGAACGGUAUUAAAGAUGAUUUUAGGUACUCCAUGUUUUAUCA